AUGGAUAUCGUAAAAGCUUGCUUUAGGUUUUCUUUUCUGGGUCUUCGUUCAAAUGAGCAGUGGCUUGGGGAGCUACUUAGUCAAAGUUCGGAGGAUCAGGAGGAACCAAAAAAGAUAGAGUCAAAUUUGGAGAGCCAAAUAUUUGGAGGUUUAAGUGUUAAGCAAAGUUUAGCUUUGCUAAGAGCUCGUAGUUAUUUUGAAUCUUUGGAAUUUACAAGGGCUUUUGAAGUUUUGAAUGAUGAAGUUUCUCUAAAUAAAUCUGGGAUUGCAGUGUUUAUGAAGAAUUAUUACCAAUUAGUUUCUUUAGAACGCCAAAAUACAAAAACUGAUAGAUUAGAAGACAUGGUGGUCCCUCCAUCAGAAGCAAGUAUGACUUCGCUAAAGUAUUCAAAAAUAGAGGUGGAGAUUCUGAAUUUUCUGAGUUGUCUGAGCAAUUCUGAUAAUGUUGAAGAAAAACAAGAGAUUAUAGGUUUGUUGGAAUGGCUGGCCAGCAUUGUUAUUUACAGACAAAAUAGAUAUCUGGAGGCUCUUGAGUUCCAAAUAAAUUCGUUAAAAAAAGAGCCUUUGAAUUGGAGCUGCUGGCAAGAUUUAGUGAGAAAUCUCACUUCAAAUGGUCAAGGAAAUGUAGUGUCGUCUUUUAAGACUUGUGAGAAUGGGGAGAAUAAUGAUUUCAACUGGAAUGAGAUAUUUUUUAACGAGAACCUGCAUAGAAAUCCUGGACUUCAACCAUUUAAAAAAAAGCAAAGCUCUGGGUUAUCCAGAAAUAUCCGAGAUUCUUCAUUCAAAGACUUUUCAAAUUCUCUUGGAUUGACUGAAAGUUUUUGUGGACAUAUUGCUUACGCUUUAUACCUGGAAACGAUAGGAAAAUGGAAAGAAGCUCUUUGCGAAUACAACCAAAUAUCCAAUGAAAUAAAAAAUAGUCCAUAUGUUGAAAGUAGGAUUGCCAAAUGCAAUAGAGAACUUGGAAACCUUGAAGCUGCAGUGAGAAUUCACGAAUCUAUUCUUAAUAAAGAUAAGACCUUUUUAGGGAAUUCGGUAGAGUUUGCUUCGAUACUUUCUGAAGCUAAGAAUGUUAAGGAGUUGAAUCUUCUUGCAAAAAGAUGUGUGGAGCUUUCCAAAUAUUCUGUUGACACGUGUAUUGUGCUUGGUAUUUAUCACUGGCUCACUAAUGACAAAUAUAAGGCUCUCAGAUUCUACAAAAGGGCUCUCCUUAUAGAUUGCAAAUCAAGUCCAACCUGGGUACUUUGUGGCUAUGCUCUUCAUGAACUAGGAAAUACUAGGAGUUCCCUUUUUUCCUAUAGAACUGCUUUGAAUCUGGACCCUACUAAUGUUCAAGCCAUUUUUGGAAUCGCUCAAAUAUAUUCCAGACUCAAUCUCCAUUCCUAUUCAAUAAAACUCUAUGAAAAAGCCCUCAAUCAGUCUCCUGGAGAUGCUUUCCUAUGGUACAACCAUGGAAUUUCCUUGGAAAAAGCAGGGGACUACCAAGAAGCUUCUAGAAGCUUUUACAAGGCUCUUUCUUGUGAAUCCUCCAAAAAUUUGAGUAGUGAUGCUGAAAUUAAAUAUAUGGGAAAACUCUUAAAGCUUGAAACCGACCAAUGGAACCACGCUGGAUCUCUAUAUUGGGCUAGAAAAAUUAUCGUCAAGGCCAUAGAACUCGGAUUUCUUGAAAUAGCCUCUUCAAAGGUGGACUCUUCUCCCGACAUUAACUUUACUUACUUAUCUGAUGAAAACGAAUUUUUUUCCAAUUGGCAAAGGCUAAGAUGGUCCAUAAGAAUGAUUCCACAGAAACUACCUCUUGACUUAAUCAUUGCUCUUGAAUGCAUACUUCAGCUGCACUCCACAUCAAUUGAUGAAAAAAGCUCAAUCAAAAGCGAGCUUCUAAUCGAAAAUAUACGAGAACUUUUAAAUAAUCCUAAAUCCCUCCAAAUUUCCAAAGAAAACUAG